AUGAGCGUUGGUGUGCCCGCGACGUUUGCUGCCGGCUGCUUCUGGGGCACCGAGCGCUACUUUGUGAAGCGGUUCGGCGACGUGCUCCUCUCCCACGAGGUGGGCUACAUGGGCGGUAAGGAGGUGGACGAGGUGACCUACCCGAUGGUGAAGACUGGCGAAACGGGUCACGCAGAGGUGCUGCACAUUACGUACAACCCUGACAAGGUAUCAUACCAGCAGCUCCUGGACUUCUUCUUCCGCAUGCACAACCCUACAAUGGUGAACCGUCAAGCUGGUGACAUUGGCACACAGUACCGCAGUGCUAUCUUCUACCACAACGCGCAGCAAAUGAAUGAGGCAAAGGAAUACAUUGCGAGACUCAACGGCGCCGACCCUAACCUUCGUGCCGAAAUGGUGAAGGCCUUUGGCGACGCAAAAGUUGUUACGACUCUGGAGAAGGCAGGCCGAUUCUACACCGCGGAGGAGUACCACCAGAAAUACCUGGAGAAGAACCCCGAUGGCUACUGUGCCCAUCGUAUCUACUGGUGA